GAAGCAAAAACUUGUGGAGAUCAUACCGGUACCCUGAAUGUGACUACGUCAUCGAAGUUGACGCUAGCGACCAGGCAGUAGGAGCAGUCUUGAUGCAAAACCAGGGGAAUGGACUGCAACCAAUCGCCUAUCUCAGCAAGAAACUACACGGGGCAGAACUCAACUACCCGAUACACGACCUGGAGGCCCUUGCUAUUAUCAUCGCCUUCAGAACAUGGAGAUGUUAUCUCGAAGGACGGAAAACAACCGUCUACACCGACCAUUGCAGCCUGAAAUAUUUGAAGACAGAACCAAACCUCUCCAGGCGGCAGGUCCAGUGGAUUGACUUCCUCGAGACGCACUUCCACUAUGACAUCGUGUACAAGCCCGGCCACAAAAACAAAGCAGAUGCUCUUAGUCGGCCUGCACACGUUGCCGAAAUCCACAUCGAAAGGAUGAAUCCACUUCUCAAGGGACUCUUCACACACGGGUACACCAUCGACCCGGAAAUUCCUUUGGCAGCAAAACGACACCUGCUACAGUGGGACAGUCACAUCACAUACCGUAAGGGAUCAACAAAGAUCUGGGUACCCAAUUACCCUCCUUUGCGCAAGUUACUACUCGAAGAAUACCACGAUGUCCUAUACGCAGGACACUUCGGUAGCAACAAGACACUUACUGGUAUUGCAAAGCACUACUACUGGCCCCACAUGGCAGCCGACGUCCAACAAUUCGUCACCUCGUGUGCUACAUGUCAGCGGAUGAAGAGCAGCAAGCAGAAAAAAACAGGACUGCUGCAACCUCUUCCUCUCCCAGAACAGCCAUGGCAAGUGGUUAGCCUGGAUUUCAUCACUGGGUUACCAACUACCACGAGCGGUCAUGACGCAAUCCUCGUCGUCAUCGACAAAUUCUCCAAAAUUUGACAUACAAGAUAGCACGCAACGAA